GUUGUAAGAGAAGAAGGUGAUGUAGAAGAAUCAAACUCUUCUGGUCAAACUAAGCUGUACAGUACAGCUGAAGCUGCGUAAAUAAUGUCUAACGUAUACACACACAUACACUAAUAUAAUAUAAAGCGAUUUUCCACAGUUUUGUAGUAAUUGUCGCAAGCCAAGCAUGAAAAAAAAAUAUUGUAGAUAUCGUUAAAUGUCUAGUGAUGAAUGACUAUUAUAAUUUAAGUUCCAUUAAUAAUAAUGAGUAAAGGAACUAAAGACAGUAAUAUAUUCCAAGUACGUGAUUAUAGAGGUGCUACCAUUGAAGAUCUUGAUGUUAGACCAGCCAUAUCUAUAAAUCCAACCACAUCUAUCGAUGAAGCUAUAGAAAUAUCUUAUGAAUAUGAAUUUGAUUUCUUACCAGUAAUUCAUGAAGCCAAUAGAAAGCUUUUAGGAGUAUUAAAUGUAAAGGAAUUAAUAGAAAAUGCUGAAAAAAUAAGAAAAAGUCCAUUAAAACCUAUAACAAGAAAUUAUAUGCUCUGGUUUCAUCAAAAGGCUCGUCAAAAUUAUGAUCAAGAACAUGAAGAAGAUAUUUCUCCUAAGAAAACUCCAGUUUAUUCAACUAUUUAUAAACCUGGUGGAUCUAAGAAAUAUUCAGUCUUAACUCCAAUAACUCCUCUAGAAGAGUUGGCAGCAUUUUUUAAUUCUGGAAAUUAUUUUGCUAUUAUAACAAAUGGUAGAGGAGAUUUUGUAUAUGGAGUUGCUACACCUGAAGAUUUAAAAAAAUUUGAAAGUUCAAGACCAAAGUUAUAAUUCAUUUAAAACACUAUAUAACGAUU